AUGCCAACUGCUUCACGUUGCCGCUUGGCUGUGCCUUGGUGCCCCAGCGACAGGAGGCAGCAUGCAAUGCAUUCUGUGGCGUCUCCUCUGCUGCUGGUGCUGCUGCUGGUGCUGCGUGUGGAGGACAUGGGGUGUGCUAUCCAGAGGGGGCUAGCUUGGCACCCACAUGUCUGCCAGAACAAAAACUACUCAAGCAGUCAAGCGGUUCUCCCACCAGCAUCUAUACUCACCAGGGGGGGGCAGCGCGAGACGAAGGGGAACUUCACCGCAGAGCCGGUGAAGUUGUUUGUGUACGAGGCAAACCAGGGACUGUCGCGGUGUGGGCUGCAGCUCGCCUUUCACGCCAACUUUACCUUCUCCCUCUUGCCUCGAUCUGGCCACGUGGGCUUCAACGGCUUAGCGUUUGUCAUCUCGGCAACGGACCAGGUGGGGAGUGGCGCUGGGGUGGGGUAUGGUGGAAUGGACACACGGAGCAUGGCGGUGGAGUUUGACACUAUACAGAACAAGGAGCAUGGCGACAUGAGCAGCCACCAUGUCGGGCUGAACGUUCGAGGCGAAGACAGAUCGCUAGUCGCUGUGAGGUCACCCUUCCGUCUGAGCAACAGGAAGGCGUACACGGCGUGGGUGGACUAUGAGCCAGGAGACCCCGGCACCAUCCAGGUCUUCCUGGCUGACUCGCAGGAGAAGCCGCAGCAAGCGGUGCUGGAGUGGAGGCUGGCGCUGUGUGAGGUGCUGCAGGGUGCAGUUGAUCAGCCCGCCUUCUUCUUUGGCUUCGUAGCGUCCACCACUGUGAAGCCGUUUCAGCGGCACGUCAUUCUUGAAUCGACAGUGGAUACAGGUAAGCAGUGUGUGCUUUCAGGUGGAUGGGCUUGGCAUGGUGGUUAA